CUUCUGCUAAACAUGUUAGAUCAAGUACAUGAUGACGAUGUAUGGGCUGACAGUGACGGAGAAAGUAACUUGAUCUAUGAAAGAAGCCUUGCUGAAAAAGAAUGGGAACGAUUACAAGAAGAUCAUGGCAAUUCAGGAUAUAAGGAAGGAAUUGUUGAGGGAAAAGAAGUUAAUAUGCAAAGAGGCUUUGAUGAAGGUUACAAAGAGGGAUUGUUUGUAGGAAAAGCUAUAGGUAAACUUCGUGGACUUGUCAAUACACGAAUCAUAUUCUACCAAAAGUUGUUAAAAAAUGAAGAAGCAGCCAAAGAAUUAGAAUCUUUGCUUAAUGAAAUUGAAAGCGUCGAAGUCAAUCAUAUCUAUACUGCUGACUACUUUAGAAAGAAUGGACCUAAAGAUAGAGAUGGAUAUGUUGCGCCUGAGGAGUUUGUGAGAAAACUGCAAGAUAAAGUCAAUGCUCAAUUACAGAUUGUUUCGGAAAAGCUUAGUAAACGAUACUGAAAAGGUUGAGAGAAUAGGAAAACUCUCCAAGAGAAAGAAGAGAAAGAAAAAAAGGGGACUAUCGCGCAAGAAGAGAAAAAGAGAAAGGAAGAGAGAGGAAGUCAACGUUAGUAUUUGAUUUUAUCAUUUAUAUUUGAUUGGUUCACAUACAAGCAGAACUUGUAAUAAAGUAUCCAAGAUAAUCUUUUUAAUGACUCGGGUACCAAAUAAUAGUAUUAAGGCACAUCUUUUGAUUGGCUCAAUCUUGCAAACAGCUAAAAACGUUAGUAUACCUUUGAUUAUCCCAAUUGCAUGUGUGUUUAUGAGAAAUACG